AGUUUCACUUUCGUUAGCUUGGAAACGGUGUGUGCAAGCGCCUUCAAUAACUGCGAGAGUUCGGGGCUGUAAAGAUGUCGUACAGUAGAUACGCAUGGAUUGAAACGCCAUAUCGUGUUAACUCCAGAUCUGCAAUCGAGGAACGGCGUUCCCGAGGCACCGACCGGAGUCAGAGGAGGAUCAGCGGCUCCUGGGCCCUAAACUACCCCCAAAGCAUUUCCCGCAACUACCUGGACCGGGAUUACACCUCGCAACAUUUGUUCCAUGGAAGCUACAUGGGCGCACAGUCGAUAUACACCCCUCAGAGAACUCGCUUGAAUCAUGUCCAGGCUCAUGAAGAAGCUGAUCAACGACCACUGUACCUGAUGGGCAACACAACUGACCAGUGCAAUCGAUGCUCAGCCUGUUUAGUGAAGACUACUGAUCCAGUCGUCAGAACAAACACAAGUUCAGCAAAUGCAACAAUCCAAGACUUCGGUGAAAGAAAAUUAAACAGCGAUUCAAUGGAUAUUUCUACCAGAAAUGAAAUCCAAAGGCAUUCAACAACAGGCUUCAGCAACCGUGAAAAGAACACCUUGGAUGUCGAGCAUGAAGAAAGGAGAUCUACACGAUACAGUGGUGAUAGAAUGUUUGUGGGGCUCAUCAACACGGGCAACAGCUGCUGUGUGAAUGUCCUUCUGCAGACUUUGUUUAUGACUCCUGAAUAUAGAAACUUGAUUUUGAGGUGUCGACAAGAAAACAUUCUGAAAAAUGAACCUAACCAUGCCCCAUAUCAGCUUGAUAAAAUGUUCCAGCACCUGCAAGACACUAAGCAAAGUAUUACAUCAUCUUUCGACUUUACACGGUGCUUAAGGUUAAACCAUAUAAACAUCAGGAUUCAAAUGGAUGUUGAAGAACUAUUUCGUUCCACCUUUUGUCUAGUACAAGAUCAACUGAAGGGGACAGACCUUAUUGCAGAAUUUAAUAAACUUUACACGGUCACUACUGAGGAAUGUAUAAAGUGUUCUCAAUGUCAACAAGAAACUGAGCAGACUGGAAGCAUGCUGACUAUUCCCCUUUCUCUAUAUGAUGCAAUGACUUCAGAGCUUCAUGAGAAUGUAGAGAAUUCUCUUGCCUCCUUCUUCAAACCCCAAACAUUAGAUGAUUGUAAUACAUGCUAUUGUAAUAAAUGCAAAGAAAGGACAAUCACAAUCAAGAGCUACAGAAAGAUGUCUUAUCCACAAAUACUGUGUUUACAUCUGAAACGAUUCAACUUUUCCACAGGGAGAACAAUGAAAGUUUAUGAUCUUAUGAAAUUUCAUGAGACCUUGAAUGUUACGGAGGAGUCUCAUAGCCAAAUGAGCAAGCUUCAGUACCAUCUCUUGUCUGUGAUUGUACAUAUAGGCAGUGCAUCAUUUGGUCAUUAUUAUGCUUAUAUAAGGAAAUUCCCAGAAAUGGACUGGUAUUGCUUCAGGGAUGAAAUUGUCAGUAAGGCCACAUGGGAAGAUGUAAAAAGUACGUUUGGAUCUUCACAAAUUAAUUCAGAACGUUCAGGACAAAGUGGAUUUCAAAGGGGUGGAACAGCUUAUCUUCUAUUUUACCGUAGAAUGGAGUGAUUACUUUAGAUCAUGCUGAUUUGAUUGCAGCUACAGUACGGCAGACCUGAAGGAAUAUAGCUAUCAAGAAGAUAUUGCAGAAUUUCAUAUCUCAUUACUUGUUGACUGUCUUUCCUAUAUUUGUUUAAAAAUUUAAAUGAAAUGCUUUAUAAUUUUAAAUUGGGCAUCAGCGGGUUGUCUGCAGUGCAGAAUCUUCAAUGGCUCUGAUUUUUAGUGAAAUGGCAUCCUAUGCUCUUAGGCCAGUUAAUUUAAAUCUAUUAUAAGUUAAAAUUGAUCUAAAAUAAAUAUCUGCAGAGCGGAGUUUUCUAAUUGGAUUCUCCAGGCCUGUUCUGAAUUUGUUGGAAACAUUAGAAGCUACAGGAAAAAAAGAAAUAUCUGAUUUGUCAGACUUCCAACAUUACAAUUACUAAAUUCUAAUUUUGCAAGCAUUCUGGUCUGCUGUUAUAGCCAAAUUACACGACUGCAGCCUGUGCAAUAAGACUGUCUAGCUUGGGAACAAUUUUAGUCACCAUAGCCUGACAAGGUCCACUUCUGUCAACCAGACUAACAGUCCCAGGUGUAGGCUUGUCAACAGUUCCCAGAAACACACAAGCCUAUACCAACUACUUAAAAAGAGUAAACUCUGAUGGUAUUGGACACAGUCUGUCUGUCUGAAUCUAACAGGCAAUCUACAAGCAAUUUCUGACAGGCUAGAAAUCCAAAUGCUGUUGGCAACGCCCAGGGAACGGUUACCUGUUUUAGGACCAGGGAUAGUACCAAAUCAGUCCAACUGCAGUUGUGUUUGAAGGUGUAUAGUACUAGUGGGCAUGGGUCUGUCACUGUAUAAUACUGGGGUUACAGUAUUGGUUGGAAUAGGUGGGUCACAAUUUAAUAUUGUGGACCAAUGCCACUGAUCAGUUUGUCACUGUAUUAUGGCUAUAAGAGUGGUAGGUUUAGAUCUGUCACUGCUGAACAACAUGGAUCUUACACUGUAUGAUGGAUAUGAUACAGGAAAAUGUAGGAUUUUUCCUUAACACUACGCUUCUGGGGUGGGGAUACACAGGUAAUACUGUAACACUUGGUUACAGUACAGGUAAACACAGGUCUGGCACCCGAGGGCAAUGUCGCUACAGCAUUCAGGAGUCUUUGAUUUGAAACUCAAGUGGUCAGAAAGGGUGGUAAAACCUGAUUCAGUUCCAGAUUUCAGAACGGAUUCAUAAAAGCAGCUGGGAGAGAUUAACGGGCAAUAGGAACAGCUGCAAAGAGAAUGAGUGGCAGUGGAUGUUGAGGUGGUGGAGAGGAAUGCUGAAGAGUAGGGCAAUCAAAAGGAAUAAGGAAGGGAUUGAGUAAAGAGGGGGGCAACUGGGACAGUGAUAGAAAGGUAGAGGGUACUGAAGCAGGAGGAGGAUCAGGGUGGGUGCUACAAGCACAUGCACAUGUUUCACGCUGAUUCUGGGUGCAGAACUAGAUUUCCAGUCACUUCCCAGCUGGAGACAGGACUGACCCUGCUGCAGCUCUGUGUGAAUUCUCAUCACACAACAUUUUCAGAUCUUUUUAUCCAAAGCUGCUCGCAUUAAUUACCGUCUCAAACAAAGAAAAAGACAUUACACUGUGGGCAGUGAUAUGGUACUUGUUUAUUAUAUUCUACCAUAAUAAUAUUCAUAUGUCAGCACAUGAUUAAUAAACAGGCUUUUGGGUGAUGACUGUUGGUUGGAUUUCAUGUUGAGCCUGAACCUCAAUACUAAAACCAAAAUUUUUGUUUCAGUUAUAUUUUGAGAAAGAUUGAAGAACUAUAUUAAAGGACUGAAUUGAUUUUGUAUUUUUAUAGACUCCUAAUUUCAAGAGACUUGAUAUUAG